AGGUCCAUUGAUUUCAAUGGCAUCAAAGAGAAGUGGGUUUGGCCAGCCAUUUAAUGGUAUAAUGUCAAAUUCUGGUGGCCUUUCCUCCAGGUAGCUGGAACAGGGAGAUGCAAAAAGCUGUCAAGUGAGUUAAAAGGGAUCGGCUCCAGGCCUGCUGGAGUCAGCUGAGCACUCUCCCAGCCUUUUACAUGCUUAACUGAUAGAGCUAUCUCUUCUAACAGCCAGAAGCCAGACAUAAUUUUCAAGACUUAAUGUGUUUCUGCCUUAUCGUGAUAAUCAGUAGUUGGCUACAGGCCACAGACAAAGAAAGUGUUGGGGAUAGACAAGGCGACCCUGUUUACUUUCUCAAUGGACUACAAAUAGUUGGUACAUACUUGCUGUUUAUGCCUAGGCAGGACCGUUCAUCCCCUAUGGUCCAAGGAAACACUCUUGAGCCUGCUUUUACUGUCUUGCUUACAGAGUUUGGGAAUGAUGUGGUGCACUCUCCUUUUGAACUGCCUUUUUUUUCUGUAUCUGCCUGUUACAGUCAAUGCCUCAGACGGAUGUGGCUCUGAUAUACCGUUCUGUGACAGGGAAACAGAGAAUAAACAUCCAAAAGACUGCAAAUGUAAAGUCUAGACUCAACAGGAGCUUUUCUUCAUAGCAGGGAUUAUGCAUGAAAUAAGUGAAACUCCAUUACAUUUCUUUCACAGCAGGAAAUCAAAGCAAAACUAUACUGAAGCCUAGUAAGGCUAAGUAAAAGCUAAGAGGAGAAAUAGGCAGUGCCAGCCAAACCAGCAAACCAGUAACAGUGAGAAACCCCAGCCUCUAGAAGUUUGAUUUUCUAGCUCAGAAAGAGACAAGUGGCGAUCAGCACUGGCUUUGUGUGGAAGGUGCUCAUCUAAUACAUGAUCAGGGGUGUAAAAGCCUAAAUUCAGACAGCCUACCUGCCAGCUGAUCUCCCUAUGCCCUAUUUCCAUCUCUGCUUAUCUGGUGUACUUCAGAAAUACUAUUUACUCAGGUUUUGUAUAGCAUUCAGCCUUUAGGUGCUGCUGGAAUCUGUGUAAGUCCUGUACCUACAUCCCUUUUCCUGACUUGCAGUACCAUCUCAACACUUCCUAUUCAAAUGCAUUCAAGCUCCUGCAUCCCCUGUACUGUCACCCAGAAAUGCUGUCCCUGGUCUGUGUGUGUGGGGGGGAUGAAAUGCAGUGGAUUUACAGGUUAAACAGGAAGCCUGAGGUCAGAAACCAAAUCAGGGUCACUCCACACAUCAGCUUUCUCUUUCACUAUGAAAACAAUCUUUCCUUUGGGUUAAUCAAUUUCCAGUAACAAGGACAGAGCUCACUGUGCUAAGGUUGAGCCUUCAACUACCUGCAUUACAGCUUUAUAAGGGAGUACAGCAUUUCUGUUAUUUAAAAAUUAAAUCAACACUACAGCCAUUGUGACAGGUAAAUUAAAGAGGUGUUUUCCAAAACCACCCAUGGUUCUUCCUCUGCUGGUGUAUAGAUACCACACAUGAAAUGAAUGCUGUACAUUGCUCCAGCAAAGUUGUCCCCACUGCACCAGCUGCCUCUCUGAAGUCCUUUGGUACACUGGGUGCAUAACUGUAAGCUUUUGUCUGCACCUAAGAGCCUUGUGCAUCUGCAGUUACACUUCAAAUAAAUUCCAGCUGAAUAUUGAACAAAUGUUUAGAUGAAAUCCCCAAAUCCCCCAGUCUGUGGGCUUGCUCUCAGUCUCCCAGUAUCUUUGAAGAAAAAUUCAGUCCCAUUUCGUAUUAGGGUCUGAGCGGUGGCUCCGGGUUAAUCUCUGUCUGUCUCCCUGGUAACUGUCAAGGAAGGCAAAACAGAAGUAGGAAGGGUCUCCAGCAACUAUUCUUGUUAUCAGAGCCCAUCAGCAGGUGACCACUUCUCAUAUCCAGGAACAAUAAAUACAGCCUGUGGCUAAUGGACCGACCCCACAGCUUUCUUCAAACAUUUCAGAGAGAAUUAGCUGGUGGCCAGACUUGAGAUGGAAGGUUGUCUAAAGCUCUUGUCCUGUGUUUUGUGCUGAUUGCAGAUGCUGCGGUUCUCUUUCUCGAUAAUCUGCAAAACUAAUAUUUUUUUAAUUUUAUUUUAUGUAGCCUUUAUUGGAGGAACCUCUACAUAUAUAUCACUAGAAUUAGAAUUAUUCCUCCUCUUUCAGCUGUUGUGUAAUUUGAAUGUUCAUCUCGUGUGGCAAGAGGAAAUCACAGUUUACUGCCUUCUCAGAAACAAGGUGUGCCUACUUUUACCUGAUGGAUUUUUUCCCUCCCAGCAUCAAUGAACAGCUGAGCAUCUACGAUAAAGCGGAAUCCAUAGCACAGCAACAUGGAUGCUGCAGCACAUGCUUCUACCAGGGAUCCAACAUCUGAUGGGCUUCAAGCACUCUCCAAGCAAUGUCAGUCUACUUUGAAUGCUCAUUUUUAUUAACUGUUCUACAAGAUCCUUUCAAAAACAUGACAAAUGAUAAUGACUUGCUGUCAAGCCAAGUAUCAAGGUAGCAUCUGUUCAUGAGGAACAUCAAAAUAAUUAAGCCUAGACAUAAGCACAGCCACAGUUUUUCCCUUGCUGAAAAUUGCCUUGCAAGUGUAGAAAAAAUGUGCCAAACUGGUAAGUUCCAUAGUAAAUAAUGAGGCUGAAAAUGGCACAGGGUAGACGAUCUGGCACAGCUCACAUCUUGAGCCUAGUGACUGUCAGAAGAGAGCAGAGGUAGAAGAUCCCCUAAAUGAUUUUUUAUUCCUGACAGAAGACAGCUAACAAAAAUGACAAAUGACAAUCUAGGAUUAUGGAUGAUGCCCUGGCUUCACAUCCAGCCUUAAAUCAAAUGCAGCCAGAGGUAUCGAGCAAAGACUUUUAUACGUAUUUUUUUCUGCAAAGCCACUGACAAUUCUUCAGCUGUUUAAUGCUUUUAGAGUCACCGUGCUUCAUAAUUUCUGACACAGACUUGAAGUCUUGCUAUGCCCUGGGUGAACAAAACAAGAAGAAAAGAAGAAAGAGAAGUAGAGCAAAUGGAUUGCCAUUCUUCUGGCAUUCUGCACUAACAACGAAGAUCAAGAAAGCUCUUCCACACUCUUGGGUCCCCCCAGGCUCCAGCUGAAGCAUUGUGCCAGACUUCCCAGACACAGGAAGAGUAACCCCGUUAUGCUGCUCUGAGCCUCGUGUCUCCAAAGUGGUCAAGCCACCAGCCCCCAGCUACACCACUGUAGCAACAGAGGAAAAUGAUUGUCCUUAGUGUUAUAAAACAAUAACCCACUGGAACUCAACUCACCAAAGGAAAGGAAUCCAAAGAUAGCUGACCUUCUUUGCAAUGUAUGCUGAAAGAAGCAUUAAGGUACAGCUCUGUGGUGGCUCAUAAAUGACCAUGUCCCUGGGAAAUCCUGGUGUGAAAUCAUGACUCAGAGAUUCACAAUCUUUUAUUUUCAAGACAGUUCCUGUGCAGACUGUUUGUCAGGAGAGAGAUUAGUUGUCAGUACAACUCCUCUCAGCCUCUCAUUAUCCCUAUGUCUAUCCAGUCUAUUACUGGUGGCCCGCAGGGAGCUCUCAAAAUCAGGUCCUUUACAUCACAAGCCAGCAGGAAGGCACUUGUCCAGGCUGUGAGGAAGGCAUGCAUUGGGUGGGAAAGGCCAAGUCAGCCCCUUUGGUGACAACAUAGGCAAAGUUCACAACUGUCAGAAUAGCAGUCACUCAUGACCAGGUCCUCAUGGUUGCUGUUGCAGCCCACUCACAGCUAUUCAUAAGCAGAUAUAGACCAUCACAGUAGCUGUGUAGAGUUAUUUUGGGUGUAAACCUUCAGUUCAUGUGCAAUGACUAUAAAUAUGCAGCCAUGCUCACUCUGAAGCAUGUUGGCUCUGGAAAUUCUUUCUAUGGCCUAUGAAGCCCAAUCUGGCUCUAACCAGAGCCUGCCAAGUGCUUCUGCGAGGGGAUACUAAAACAUACUCUUCUUACUUUUUUUUCUUAGUCAGAUGAUACUUUCCAGCCCCUUGUUAUUUAAAGCAGCAGAGUUUACUUGGAUUCUAGGAUAAAUCAUGUUUUCUUGUAGAUUAUGAGAGCCACAGAGGAAUAAAGCCACAUCUAAAUAACUGAGAGAGCAGAUACUCUUUCUGAAUAUACAUGUUGUAUCACUCAGAAGUGUGCAUGUAAUGCCAUUUCACAGAUGCAAUGGAAGGCUAUUCUUUACUGGAAAACUACUUGCCACAUGAUUUCAGGUGACAACCAGAUGAGAAAAUUGCUACCAAAUAAUACUAUCAGGGCCAGAGAGGAAUUUGAUUAAUUCCAUACAGUUGUGGAUUGAGUUGGUAAAAACAACAGCAGCAUGGAUGGAUGCAGAGAUCUGCUGGCUGAGUGAGGACUUCCUAUAUAAAGUUUGGUUCCCCUGUAGCUGCUGGGUGUCAAACUGACACAUCAGAGACAUUACGUUGUCUUUUUUUCCCGAUAUAUUUAAAUAGAUACUGUAAUUUCUCCUGUAGCUUAGCUAAGAAAACAACUAAGGAGGAACCAGAUCCUGUCACCUUGUCUGAUUCCUCAUCUUCUCCUUUAUAGGUAAGAGCUGUCUGACAGUCCUAUAUUAAGGAGAGUAGCAAAAUACUCAGUAAUUUUAACUCUUAAGAAAUUUAAUAUUCUUUUAUUUUGUUUUGUGCUACAGGCAGAAGAAGUAAAUCCUUGGUAUUAUUUACUUACAAAGAGUUUUCGGUAGUCAUAAUUUAUUAGUAAAGAUGGGAAAUGAUGAGUUCUUUGUAGAAUUCUAAGUGUUACUAAGUUAUCAUUUGAAAUGAUCACAACUAUUAAAAAAUAGCGAAUUAAAAAUAACUUUUAUUUGAAAUAAUAAACUUCAUACCUGUCACUGUCUUUUCUCUCUGAAUAAAUACUGGCAGUCACUACAGUCCUACCAUAUUUUUCUGCCAGCAAAGGUUAAAUCCACCACUGCAGUGAAUAAGUAAAAGACACGAGUUCUGUAGUCAUUCUAUAGUCAGUAAAAUUAAUGGCAGUUGAGAGCUUUCGCAUGCCACAGCACAGGGGUCCCAAUUUCCAGCCAAAAUACUUGGUUAAUAAAACUGUCUCUGUUUUGAUGCUUGUGCAAAUAAAGAAAGUGCCCCUUCUACAUUGUAAAACAGUGGAAGAGACAUGAGCAAUUAGCACAAGCAAAACAUUUUCACUUGAUAAGUCAAUCUGGGCUGUUUUCUUCUGGCUGGUCAGCAGGGUCUGAAAACAAAGGAGACACAGCAGCCCUAGGAGACAGCUUGUCUGCCCAGCCACUUUUCUGGGGGAUCUCUUAAUUUGAUUUAGAAAGCACAGAGCAAGACUCCUAGGUGUCAAAAUUUAAUAUACCACAUAGCACGCUACUAGCAGCUGAUGCUGUCAGGCACGUGAAAGCCUAUAGCUAAUCUAUGCCUUUAGGGAACAUACUUCUAUAUCUUGUCUCCACCUCCCUGGUUAUCACAACAAUCACUUGGAUAGGCUAUAAGAGCCAGUGCCGUUUCAAGUGAUUUGAUAAGCAGUUGAAAACCAAGGGUUCAUUAAGCUCUUGGGGUAUAUAAGCCACAGAGUUUUCAGCAUGCCCCUGUACUUGGGAGGUUUGACAGCUCCCUGUUUGGCAAGCUGGAACUCACAGGAAGAUGUUGUUGGCUGCAAAAAUACUUGUUUUCACCCUGAGUGGUUUCCUAAGGGUGGGCACAAGCUUUGACAUUGGAUUAUCCACCAAAUGUGUAGUGAUACCCAAGGAGAUGGACAUGUGCCAUGAGAUUGGGUACUCGGAAAUGAGGCUUCCCAACCUGAUGGGACACACAAGCAUGGCAGAGGUCGUCCGAAAAUCCACCACCUGGCAGCACCUGGUGCACACGGACUGUCACCCUCAUGUGAGGAUGUUCCUGUGCUCUCUAUUUGCGCCCAUCUGCCUGGACACGUUCAUCCAUCCCUGCAGGAGUAUGUGUGUUGGUGUGCGGGACAGCUGCGCUCCUGUACUUGCCUGCCAUGGGCACACCUGGCCAGAAAGUCUGGACUGCAACCGGUUCCCCGCAGACGAGGACAUGUGUCUGGCAUCACUUACAAAGGAACAUAAAUACUUGCACAAAGUCCUACCAAAGCCUGCAUGCCAGACCUGCCCAGCAGUGGAGGAAUUCUUUACACACAAAAGAGUUCUCGAAGUUUUCUGUGACAGUAAUUUUGCAGUGAAAGUAAAGCUGUCCAAAAAAAGAGCAGUAAUUGCCCACCAAGAGUACAACAUUGAGUGCCACGUGGAAUUCAUUACCCAGGGCUCGCUUUUGCCUUAUGAAACUCAGCACAUGAUACAGCAAUGGCUGCUUAUCAAUGAAAACUGUACACAGAGGAUGAUUCAAACCCAUCGUCCUACGGUGUAUCUCCUUGUAGGGAGGAUUGAGGAAGGUAUCAUUGUAGUAAAUCAGAUUUAUCGCUGGCAGAGGAAGGACUCCCAGCUGACUUUGGCCACUCAGAAGUGGAGGUACCACAAAUGCUUGUAAAUAUUUAUCUUAUUACUUGUAAAAAGCUUAUUACACUUCUUAUGCUGAACUUGCCUUGUAAAUAAGAAUGUACUAUAAGUGGCAUGUAAAAUCUUUGUUUCCUUUUAAACUGUAUUAUAAGUUGAACAUAAAUCCAGUGUUAUCAGGCCUACUUUGUAUAGUAUUGUAGCUAUUUGUGAAAUUUGAGCUUGGUCAUCUAUGUAUAAACGUGUGAGUUAUUGCAAAAAUCUUUUGUAAUAUGUAUAAAAACUGAAAUGAAACAGUUUUAAUCUGGUUCA